AUGACUACUAGCCAGUUAUCUGAUGCGGCCAUUCAAAAUCUCUCGAAGUUGUUUCUCAGUGAGAAGGAAGAGUACCUGGACGAUGUGGCUGCAGCCAAGAUUGAUAACAUAACCGUUGAGAUGCAAUGGACCAGGCAGACCGGACCGGCUUGGCCACCCAGACCGCUCAGUUCUUCUGAUGACCCAGUUAAAAGAAUUGUAGAUGGGUUCAAGUACUUCAAGACCAACUAUUUCGACAAACAUCCACAUUUGGUAAAGGAGCUGGCCCAAGAACAAAGCCCCAAGUUUAUGGUAUUUGCAUGCUCAGACUCCCGAGUGUGCCCCUCGCAUAUCCUUCAUUUCCAACCUGGGGAAGCCUUCAUGGUUCGCAAUAUCGCUAACAUGGUUCCUGCCUUUGACCAGCUGAAACACUCAGGAGUUGGAGCAACCAUAGAAUACGCUAUUGAAGAACUAGGGUCGUUGUGGCGGGAUCAAGAGGCUGAUGUCUCAUCCAGAAAAUGGUUCUCCUCCCUUGCUAAGGUUAUAGCAGAAGCAGAGGGGGGAAGUGCAGAUUUUGAAGAUCAAUGUGAAAGUUGUGCAAGGGAAGCAGUAAAUUUGUCACUGAGAAACCUACAAACUUACCCAUAUGUUCAGAAGGCAGUCUCAGACAAAACCCUAGCACUGAGGGGUGGCUACUAUGACUUUGUCAAUGGAAUUUUUGAGCUUUGGGAGCUUCAGUCCACCAUUUCAGACCCAAUCAUCAUUCAAUCUUCUUAA